AUGGCUCUGAUCAUAGCCUUUUCAUCCUCCUCUGCUCUUGCCAUCCGUAUUCAUGGACUUUCUAACGUUCCAAAAUUCAACCACAAGCCAAUCCCGGUCAUGUCAAGUUCCUCCUCAUCUCUUCCACCUCCCGGAAUUAUCUUUACUCUUCAACAACGUUCUCUCAAUUACAUGUUUCAACAACUCAUGCCUAAAAUUCAACAUGAAUUGAGCCAACAUUUGAAUAUUCCAGAUAUUAAUCAAGAUGUGGAUACUCCGAUUGGGCAUGUUCAAUUUGAAGUGAAGAAUAUUCAAGUGAGUCAAUUGAGUUUGCAAACUCCGAAUGUGGUGAUUGGAUCGGAUCAGAGUUUGGUGUUGAAUAUUCCUGUAGUACAUACACAUAUGCAAGCUGAUUGGCAAUAUCGAGAACAUCAUUGGCCUCAUAUUUCAGAUCAUGGAUCUGUGGAUGCUGAUAUCACAAUUUCACUAUCGAUUGGGGUGAAAGUUUCCAUUGUCGAUGCUACGCACUGUAUGGCACAAGUCACCAACGUACAAGCGUCAUUUUCUGAGUUUAACUUGAAAAUGCACGGCGGUGCUAGUUGGCUCUAUAAUUUUUUCAUUAAGAAUUUUAGACAUUCCAUCGAAAAUGAUAUUAUCAAACAAGUAGAUGCAGAUGUUACUCGUUCAGUGAAUACUGCACUUGCAAAAGCGUUGGAUACAAUUUCUUUGCAACAUGACGUAGGUCAUGGAAUAGUUGUAGAUUAUUCAUUGAGAAGUUUGGAUUUCUUGGCAUCUGUCCAUAUGUCCAUUGGAACUGCUGGCCUGUUUUAUAUUCCAGGCAAAGCCAUUUACUCAAAUGAACCAACUCCAAUGAGCGACAGCUUGGGAAGUGACAAAAUGAUCGAAGUUUUUCUUAAUGAAUUUGUGUUAAAUUCAGCAAGUUGUGCAAGUAGUCAAGCAGGAAUUUUAAAUACUUUAAUUACACGAAAACAUAUUCCAGAAACAUUUGAUUGGGUUUUUAACACAAGUAGCUAUCAAUCAUUAAUUCCUGGGGUUUAUUCCAUUUGUAGUAACUGUGGAAUUCAGAUUGCAAUUACGAAUGGAAUGUCCCCAGUGUUGACAUUGGAUCCAUCUAUUGGAAUUGAAAUGAAUGCUAAUGCCCAAGCCAUCUUCCAAAUUAUUCAAAGAAAUCAAAACAUUGUCAACGCUUUUGCGUUGGAUAUGAACAUCAAGCUGGAUGUGAUGCCAUCACUCGGCCAAAACAAUAUUUCAUUUGUGUUCACCUACAAGAAUGCCUCCAUUGAUUUGGCAUAUUCCAAAGUAGGAUCAUUUUCAGUUCAAUUCUUGUCAUUCGCUAUGGAGGCUGCUUUGAAAUAUGUGGUCGUGCCAGCAGCAAACGUAGCAGGCAUGAAAGGAGUCCCACUCCCACACAUGAAAGAUUUAACCUUAAGAAAUGCAGUAUUUGCUGUCGAGAAGGGAUAUUUGUGUUUGAGAUCAGAUUUUAUUUAUCAGCCAUCAUGGACCACUUCGCAGAAAACUUUGCGUAGACAUUAA